AUGGAAUUGGACGCACAAAUCUAUGAAUCCAAUUUCUACCAAGAGCUAGCUAUCCGGGGGGAAAUACACAUGGACCGUCGAGAGCCUCCUCGCAGGAAUGUUCAACUGGAAAGGAGACAAGCCGAGGACAGUGUGGUGCCGACAACAUUGGCCGAACCUACCUCUGUCUCGACAUCUUUAUCUCCAUCUUCAUCUUCCUCCUCAUCUUCAUCUCCGGAGCCUACCACCACCUCUUCGGCCGACCGGACGUCGGUUAACAGCACAGAAACCAAGACUUCUGUGUCCUCAUCAAGCGCUUCGACGUUGGCCACACCCAGCGUUACAGUUGUCACUACACCAUUACCAACACCCUUUGAUACCUCUGUAGGCAGCAACUUCACCAGCUCGGCCUGUCCCGAUUUUUUUAGCAGCUUCCUCAACAACUCGACGUUUCAGUCCUGCGUGCCUGUGUCCCUCCUCCUGCAGAAUUCCAAUUCAUUCUUCCGUGCCCAACGAUCGGUCACACUCCUCACGCAGACUCUGGAUGCAGCGUGCAAUGCGCCUUUAGCGAUCUGCUCGCCCUUGCUGAGCAAUCUGGCGUCACAGUUGAUCGACCACGCAAACUGCGGCGAAGACUACAAGCGGCAGAACCCCCUCGUCUCGCAAGCCUAUGCGGGAUUCCUCGCCUACGAGCCGGUCUAUCGGGCAACAUGUCUGAAGGACCAGAGUACGGGAGGUUACUGUUUCAGCGAAGCCAUCACUAACGCAUCCAACCCGGCCGAUUUCUAUCCGUACUAUACGGCUGUGGGGCUGUCGAUGCCAGAAACGGCGCGACCCAGUUGUAGCCAAUGUCUCAAGAAGACCAUGGAGAUCUUUGCUGGGUACGCGACGAACGCGGUACAGCCCCUGGCCAAGACGUACUUGCCGUGCGCGAACCAGGUGGACAAGAGCUGUGGGAGCGGCUUUGUGGACACCCAAGUCAAAGUUGGCACGGUGACGAGUUCGAACGCGGCGGUCGGGGGACGGGGACGAGAGGCGAUACCGAGCUCAUCGCUAUUGGUUAUUACGGCAAUGGUGGUGGUUUCACUGGUCGGCGGCACCUUGAAUUGA